AUGUUCGCCUUAUUGAGUUGGUCUAAGGGUUCCUACACUGUAUGUGACACAAAAAAUGUAUUACAACAAAUUGACACUGAUGUAUACAUAAUCGUGCACAAAGGUUUAAAAUUCGAAGGACGUAUUUUGUGUUUUAACGAUAAUAAAGAAAUUCUUCAAGAAUCCGCAGCUGAAUUGUCUAAUGAUUCCCCUAAUUUGUUAGUAGGCGAAUUUUCUAAAGUAGAAGAGUGCUUGUAUAUCGAUAAUUCAAAAGAGGCACAAAAUAGUACCACAAAUAGACAGGGGGAAAAUGUUGAAGAGAAAGAGGAUGUAGAUAAUAAAGAAAUUCUUCAAGAAUCCGCAGCUCAAUUGUCUAAUGAUUCCCCAAAAUUGUUAGUAGAACAAUUUUCUAAAGUAGAAAAGUGCUUGUAUACCGACAAUUCAAAAGAGGCACAAAAUAGUACCACAAAUAGACAGGGGGAAAAUGUUGAAGAAAAAGAGGAUGUAGAUAAUAAAGAAAUUCUUCAAGAAUCCGCAGCUGAAUUGUCUAAUGAUUCCCCUAAUUUGUUAGUAGGCGAAUUUUCUAAAGUAGAAGAGUGCUUGUAUAUCGAUAAUUUAAAAGAGGCACAAAAUAGUACCAAAAAUAGACAGGAGGAAAAUGUUGAAGAAAAAGAGGAUGUUGCCAAUAAAAAGAAGGAACAGAAUAUUAUCGAAAAACUGAAUGAUGGGUUGUCAAUACCAUCAACACAACAAAUAUGUACGUUGAAUGGAGUUUAUAAUGAUAAAAAAGAAGAAAAAACACUACUGAGACAUAUUGAAAUUUUAAACAAUUUUAUUCAACAAAAUGUAAACGGCGACACAAUUGUUAAAGAACAUUUAGUACUUUCGGAUAAAUCAGUUAAUGACUCCGAUUUCAGAAUCUCUUUAGAGAGUAAUCUUGCGAACAGCAGUACUUUAAAUCUGCCAGAAAAUAUACGUUGUAAUUCUUCUUGCAAUAGUAAUCAGAAUUUAAAAAUCGCGGAAAGUUUUCUUAAUCAAAUAUGUGAUUUUAAUAUAAAUUCAAGUCAAGAAACAGAAGAAGCAAUUGAUUUUGAUGAAGUAAAUGAUAGUUUGGAUCCAGACUAUAUUCCAAGAAGCAAUGGUAGCGAUUAUUCCAGUGACGACGAAAGCGCAAUUGUAGAAAAUACAAUUGAUACAAAUGGUAAAUCUAAUAAUUCACUUCAAAACUCUAUGGAUUCAAGUGGUUUACUUGCUAAUGUAUCUGUAUCAAAUGCGCCAGACGACGAAAUGCUUAUCGUAGAAAAGGCCAAUGGAUCAAAAGGUUACGGCAAAAAGUAUUGCUGUGUUUUUUGUAAAAAAAAGGUCAGCAAAAUUGCAAGGCAUCUAGAAUCAGUCCAUAAGGAUGAAGAAGACGUUAAGAAAUUUUCAAGCCUGACAGUAGGAUCAGAGACCGACUGGUGA